UUGAAAAUGCUGCAAUAUUGUGGGGUAGAAGGAAACUUAGCCAAAAUAAGACUAUAUGCAUUUAGUAAAUUACAAAAAUAAGUAAUGAUCAUUGAAAUAAUAAUUAGGGCUUUAAAAUUUGGUUGGGUUAAAGAUCAAGGCUGCAAAUUGAUUUGAUUGUCUGAUGUCUCCCAACCCCAGUAAUUCUUUUGUAUAAAUAAACCAAAAUUUCUCCUAAUUCAGUUUAGAAGUUGCCAAUUAAUUUUAGUUUCAUUACAUUACUACCAUAGUCCAAUAAUUAAUUUGAUAUUGGAGAUUGAUAUAUAAGCAAUAUCAAUAAAUCUAGUGAUAAACCAUCUUUAAUUUUAACAUUUUCCAUGGUAGACGUGAAGCAGGUUAUUAACAAAGAGCAAACUGAUUCGGGAUCAAUCUCAGAUCAGAUUGAGUUACAACAAAAUUACUUAAAUAAUGAUGAUAUUCAGAAUUACAUAUACCUUGACAAACCGUGGUGGAAAUAUUCACACUUCCGUUGGUUACAUUUUUACAUUUUCUUAAUCACAUUGACAUCUACCAACAAUGGAUAUGAUAGUUCAAUGUUAAAUGGUUUUCAAGCUUUAGAAACAUGGAAUAAACAUAUGGGAUAUCCAGAAGGUUCUAUUUUAGGGGCACUUUCCAAUGGAACAACUUUUGGAGUCAUUUGCAGUUUUCCUUUCGCUUCGUUUGUUUCUGAUAAAUUUGGUAGAAAAAAUUGUAUAAUUUGUGGAUCUAGUAUUACAAUUAUUGGGGCUAUUUUACAGGGUGCGUCUUAUAAUUAUGCGUUCUUUUUAAUAUCCAGAAUAAUUCUUGGCUUUGGAUUUGGAAUUUCUGUUGUUUCCGCUCCAAAUUUAAUUGCUGAAUUGUCUUAUCCCAGCUACAGAGCGACUUGCACAUCAUGUUAUAAUGCAUUAUGGUAUUUCGGAGCUAUCAUAGCUGCUUGGGUUACUUAUGGUACCAGAAAUAUUGUAGGAGCUUACUCUUGGAAGGUUCCUUCCUACUUACAAGGCUUUUUACCAUUAGUCCAAGUUGUAUUUUUUUUUAUGGUUCCAGAAUCUCCUAGAUAUUUAAUAUCAAAAGGCAAAAUUGAAAAAGCAAGACAUGUUUUACACGUCUACCACACUGGUGCAGAUGAAGAUGAGAGAGCCUAUAGAUUUGUGGAAUUUGAAAUAAAGGAAAUUGAAGCAGCUUUAGAAUUAGAAAAGAUUUAUUCAAGUUCAAGAUACGUUGAUUUUGUUUCUAUUCCUUCCUUUAGAAAAAGAUUGUUUUUAACUUUCUUUACUGCCUUUAUUAUGCAACUUUCUGGUAAUGGGUUAGUCUCUUAUUACUUGAAUAAAGUUUUAGACUCCAUUGGUAUCACAGGUACAAAACAACAAUUGCAGCUUAAUGGAUGUUUGAUGAUCUAUAAUUUGGUUAUCGCAAUAUUCUCAGCCUCCAUAAUAUAUAAAUUUAAGAGAAGAACAGUGUUCUUAGUUUGUAUUACUGGUAUGUUGAUUACUUAUAUUAUCUGGACUGCCCUUUCUGCUAUAAAUCAGAAGAGAAAUUUUGAACAGAAGUCUUUGGCAAAUGGUGUUCUCGCUAUGAUUUUUCUUUACUACUUAGCUUACGAUUUUGGAGCCAAUGGAUUACCAUAUCUAUAUGUUACGGAAAUUUUACCAUAUUCACACAGAGCAAAAGGUAUGAAUUUGUUUCAAGUUUUCCAAAACAUAAUUUUACUUUAUAAUGGUUUUGUUAAUCCCGUCGCUAUGCAAGCUAUUGAAUGGAAGUAUUAUAUUGUCUAUUGUUGCAUUCUUGCAUUUGAAUUAGUUAUGGUCUAUUUAUUCUACGUUGAAACUUUUGGUUGUACUUUAGAAGAGGUAGCUAGAGUUUUUGGAGAUGAUGGUACUGUCACCUUAAAAAAAUUUUCUACUCCUGAUGAGAAAUUGGCAAGUGAACAUGCAGAAAAUGCUACAAAUGUUUCUUCAACACAUCUUGUUGGAGUUUAACCGCUUUUUUUUUCCGUAGCAAUAUGGUGAUUUUUUGAUUAUGUGGUUCUUUAUUUUGAGAUUGCUGUGUAGUUUAAUAUACAGAAUAAAUUGACAACCAUAAGUUCUGUAAUCUGUAAAAUUGAUUAAUGUCUAAACUCAUUCGUAGG